UGAGAUGUAAACCACCUUAAGUGGUCAAACGUCAAAAAGUAGGUCAAUAUUUUACUUUUCAAUACGUGUGUUCAUAUGUUGAGAAAUUAUAUGGAAUAUUUUAAUUAAUGUCAACGGAUAAAGCCAUGUAAAUGCUAAUUGUGUGAAUUAUUUGGAGAUUACUUGGAAUUUUCGUUGGUUUACAGCGAAACAAUUUUAGAAUUUCAAAAAUUUUCCCAAUAUGACAAGGGUUUAAAAAGUAAAAUAUGGCAGAAAAACUUGGCCUAGGAAAUGAAGUGAGAGAAUUGAAAAUCGGACAGAGCUUUACUAACCCAAAAUCAACAGCAUUUCAUACUGUUAAAUAUGAUUUUAAACCAGCCUCGGUUGACACCAACAAGAAAGCUACCGUAGAUGUGGGAAGCAACCACCAAGUAACAGUUACUGUACCACAUUUAGAUGGAGCUGGGGUACCCCAAACAGUAUUCAAAGGUUCGCAAAGGCCAUACCAAAAAGAAUGUGUCCUUAUUAUAGAUAGAAUAACUGGAGAGAUAACUCUAGAAAAAUUAGGUUGUAAUAUACAAGUCAAAAAAACUAGGAGUGAAUAUAACAAAUUACAUCUCCCGCAAGAUAGGUUAAGCCAAGGCAAUGAUAGAUCUGGUACUACUUCAUCGAGCCUUCCUUCAAGGUCUCAUACGCCGCCUAUGCUCGGACACCGAGUUUCGAGCAAAACGAAGGUUGCCAGCGGAAGCCGAAGGCCCGACAGACAAAUAACCCACCUGGUGCCAAAACACUCGCCAUUACACGCGAGUCCAAGUUACCCCUCUCCGGGACACCAUAUCAGGAGUCCCAAGAGAGAUUUACAUAAUAAUAUUAAUAACGAGUCACACAACCAGAGCACACUUGCCAGCCUUCCAAUGAUAGGCAUCGACGACUUCUCCGAUCCCGUGCCACCCCCGCAGAACAUGCUCGCCCCGCUCAGCUCCCACAACUCCCACUCGUCGCUCAACACGACUGAAAAAUCUCCCAUCGUCAUGGCCUCCGACACGGAGAACGGCGUGGGCGAGAUGAGUGAUAGCACGUCGUCGAGUAGCGACAGCGAUUCGGAUUCCGAUGUCGAGGAGACCGCCAACGCCAAUAAGAAUAUAAAUAUAGGCAAAUCGAAUGGGUACAGCAAUAACAAUUCGACGACGACGAAGAUUGCCACCCACCUGCUGAACGAGGAUUUAUGCCUGUCCGAAUCCGGGUCUGACUCGGACUGAAUUUUUAGGGCCACACAAGAAUAAUACUGACCUUUUAUUUUGUGUGUAUUUCUUAAGACGACUUAACGUGGCAAAGUUUUUAGGUACCGAUAAAUGAUUAUUUGUAAUAAGAAUAUUAUAUAUGUAUUAUGUACAAUAUCUACAGAAAUACAGUACUGCAAGUGU